AAAAAAUAUUCCAGCCAGGGCAAAGGAGAGGAACAACUGGUGGUGGGAGUGACAGCAGAGCCAUAUCCAUACUUUUGAUAUGCCAUCUCUGUAGACUGUAGUAUUAUCGAACAUUUCAUGGACUCCAUUCCACUCUGCACUGCUGAUAUUCAGAAAACAUCAUGAAUUUUGGUUUUAGGCUAAAUCUCAGCGGUUGUAGUGUUCCUGCUCAUUCUCCUCAUUCUUUCACUUCUUCACCAAUCAGGCUUUCUUCGUCUUCUGCUGGAGGCAGGGAAGCUUCUUUCAAUCCCACGAGGUUAUCUUGGCUGUCAACCAUUUAUGAGGAAAGAGAAACUUUCCAAAAUGAUUUUCGAAGGGCAUCCAGUUGUUCAUCUUCAGUUUUGGAAACCCUACAUGAUGAUUGUUUGGAAGAUGGAGAAAUCAAGGUGAACAAAGGAAAGAAAUCUUUGAAUAGUGUUCAUGAAAUGAUUGAUAAUACCCAAAUGCCUUUUGGGAAGGAGACAUUUACAACUUCUACAAGCUUCCAGUCAUUCAAGGCAUCACAUUUUCGUUUGCUAAUGGAAAACCUAGAUGUUUUAGAAGAAACUUUUUCUGAUUCUGAAGUGCUAAGGUUGGAGAAAGAUAUCAUGAUGCAACUAGGAAAGCUUGGAGCUCUAGAGUUUUUCAAUUCUCGUCUGUCAGGAUCUUUUGAAACCUCACGUUUUUUGGAUUUCUGUGACAAACAUCCUGAGCAAGUUUGUGAGCAUAAGACAAAUGGCAAGGCAGAUUACCACUUGGGUAAAGUUGUUGUCCGAUCUAGGAGAAAAGAAAAUAAACCAAGAAGGAAGGGAGCAUUAACUUCCUCGAAGGUUUUAUCUCAACCAUUGCCUUCAGGACCUAUUGAGGACGGUCUCUUAGGCCUACCAGCUUCAUCUGUAAAAAGAACAUUGAAUAAUAGAAACAGGAGAGCAAUAGUUGCUAAAAAGGAAGCGGAAAUGUCAACAGCAGUAAAGGUUCUGAUAGGGUUGGAGAGAAUUAAAGCAGCAAUGGAAGAGGAUACCACUGAAGUAGUAACCUUAAGGAGCUGGGCAGAAGCAGCUGGAGUUGAUGAGAAGAGGCUGUGGCAGCAUCUGCAUUAUGGCCUUUAUUGUCGAGAUGAGCUUAUAAGGAGUACUCGAUCCUUAGUUCUAUACCUUGCCAAGAAAUACAAGGGAAUGGGAAUCGCAUCAGAAGAUUUACUUCAGGCAGGAUACGUGGGUGUUCUCCAAGGUGCAGAGAGAUUUGAUAGUACAAGAGGCUACAAAUUCUCAACCUAUGUGCAGUAUUGGAUAAGGAAAUCGAUGUCAAGAAUGGUUGCGCGAUAUGCCCGGGGAAUCUUAAUUCCUUGGUCAUUGAGCAAGGCAAUAAAUCAGAUACAGAAAGCACAAAAAUCCCUGAAAAGUACUGCGAUGCAAUACUCAGAUGAUUAUGAAAUCGCAAAGAUAACAGGUCUUUCCGUGGAUAAAAUCAGAUCAGCUCACAAUUGCCUGAGAGUAGUCGGUUCAAUUAAUCAGAAGAUAGGGGACUGCUUUAGUGUAAAAUACAUGGAACUCGUCCCCGAUGCGUCAGUAGGGAGCCCUGAAGAAGCUGUCAUGAAGCAGCAGAUGAGAAAACACAUGCAUGAUCUUCUGAAUGACUUGGAACCAAGGGAAAAGCAAGUGCUAGCUCUACGCUUUGGUCUUAAUGAUCACCAGCCCAGGUCUCUUGAGGAAAUUGGGAGGCUUUUCCAAGGACGACUUUGUAGACUCUGUCCGCUGUUCCAAAUUGAAGUAGCAUCACAAUCGCCUGGAGAGUGGGGACACUGUAUGAUACUCGAAUAUACUCUGUACAGAAGAAAGCCUCAUCGCCAAAAUAGCAGCGUAAAUAAUAUUUCUUGUGGUUUUUUGUACACCCCUGAAAACACGUUAUGGCGUUUAUUCUAUUAUAUUAUAUAGAUGAGUGGGAGAAUAAUUCAUUUUUUGUUGCAGCCCCGAGAGUCAUUUUUCAGAUUGGCAGGGAGCCCAUUUUGUUAUACAUUACUAUAGCUGCCUCUUCGGAGUGGCAUCAGAUGCUGAUAAAUUUAUGGCAAACUUAAAACAGUAA